AUGGAUUUUAAGUACCAUAACAAAGAUGUUGUGCUCGAGAUCAAGGGAUCGGACGCGCUCUUUCACAACACCUCCAUUUUGGACGUUUUGAAGUCUCUGAAGGAAUUGUCCGAGCCAGCCGGAGAUGCAAAUUCUGGCCCAAGAGUCCCCAAGAGACGGAGGGAAGAAGAAGAGCCUAAGACACCCGAAAAAAAAGGACGGAAACUAAGUUUCGACGACGUGGGCUUCCAGCAAUCGAACUCAUUCGAGGAGCUGGAGGCCAGUGGCUCCAGCCAGUCACCAUCCUCACUCAUCAUUCGAGGAGCUGGAGGCCGACUGUCAACCACACAGGGUGACUACGGUCAGUUCUCACAGGGUGUACUGGCCAAGCUAUCGAUGUUUCUGCGUUUUACGUCAGCUCUAGUCCCACCUCUAGUACGCCCAGCUCCAAUUGGACAGAUUAUCCCGCCCGAAUUUAAUUUAGUCUGCGACUAG